AUGGAAUUCGAAAUACUGCCUGACGAGUUUUACUCGCAGUCGAAAAAAUUCCCUUCGAGGGAGGUUGUACUCAAUAAUCAGCAGGGUACUGCCUCGACAGACUGCUGUACGCCCGGCUUUACCGGUCACAUCUGUUUCUCCAACCCACAGGAGAAUACUGCCUCCAACAUCUCUGAGCCCAGAGCCUUUGCCUCUCUUGCCAGCGCCAGUUAUCCAGUGGACAUCAAUCUGGCCACUUUUGACGGCAGGAGAAUGCGAGAAAAUCGGGUGUUCCCGCAGGUCCUCGUUAAUCAACCCCCACAGACACCCUCUGCAAAGACGCUACGUUAUCCCGCUCAUGUUAUCCAAAUAAUGGAGCCAUCUGUUGCUAGUGAAAGUGAUCGCAAGGCUGCCCAAUCCGGCGCUGGCCAACGUCAGUCGAGACGACGGCGAUUUAGACGAAAGUGGAUACAGUAA